AUGGCCCUUUACGGUGCGCCCGUUUGGUCACACCGACUGACGUGCGCCCACCGCUGCAAGACUAAGAUCCUGAGUCUGCAGCGGAGAGUGGCCAUCCGCAUGGUGCGGGGAUAUCGCACAAUAUCCUUCGAGGCGGCGACCCUUCUGGCGUGCUUUCCGCCGUUGGACAUCCUGGCGGAGAGGGACGCGAGGAUCUACGACCGGACUCGCGCCCUUCGUCAAAGUGGCGAAAGUGCGUCCUACCCUGCCAGUGCUUUCGGAGCGCUCAGGUGGCAGGAGACGUGGUGCGCCCGUCUCCGUGGAGAUCGGUACGCGCAUAAACGCGUCGUGAGUGCGAUCCUGCCGGCCUUCGAGGCCUGGAUGCGUAGGAAGCGACGAGUCACCUUCCGACUUACACAGGUGCUGACCGGUCACGGUUGCUUUGGAGAAUACUUGUGUAAGAUCGGACGCGAGGCGAUGGCGGUUUGUCACCACUGCGAGGCGGACCAAGACACUGCCCAGCAUACGCUGGAAGCGUGUCCCGCGUGGACCGUGGAGAGGCAGGUCUUGGUCUAA